GGCUAGACGAUCAGUAGAGGUUCAUCCGUCGUUCCAUGAAGACCGUACAGUGUUGGUAAAGUGUCCUUUAGUUGACAAACAGUGUCCCUGUAGUGUUUGUGCAAAAAUAUGGCGCCACUAGCGGGCCCUGCGCUAGCAAGCUUUACGACUCUGCUAACGAUGAUGGUACUAAUGGUGCAUGAUGUGCACGCGGUCAGUGGUAUAUACGUGAACAAUCACAAAAUUGACAAGUUUGAAACGGAUCGCGUUAAACUGAUUCGUCCAUCGGACAGCCAAACCCAAGAAUCGACGAGCUAUGUUAAUAAAAAUGGUUUGCUUACUAAAGAUAAUUUUACCACCGUGCAGCAGUACUAUCAGUACCUGGUGGGUGAAGAUCCUGUCAACUAUAUCGAUCUACUGUGGGGCAAAAAUAAAACCCAACUACCGUCGAUCUUUCGUAUCGGUGCUGUAUCAUCUGCUAAUUAUCACUUUACGACUACCGCAUCACCAACCGCACUCAACUAUUCCGAUGAUCAAUCACCAAUCAAAAACACGCUCAACAACACGAAUCUUGCUUACUACGGGGAUUACCAACGUCCACAAUCAGCGCAAUCAAGUGUGGUAACUGCAUUACCUUUACGGCAACCGGUUUCCACUAUCCGGUCACCAACGAAUCCCACUAGAAAGCGAAGAAAGAAGAAGCCAGCUGAUGCUGUGGUACCGUCCAAGCAGCAGGUGUCACAUCCAGCAGGGCACGGUGUGAUCGGUGUACCGCCAUCGGAUUUAACCGCAGCCGAACUAACGCCCGAGACGCUGUCCUUGUUAAGUCGUUACUAUUCCUUUAGCUGCACGUUGACACCGAUACAACCGACACCGUCAGCUUAUCCAACACCAUCCACCGUCCCACCGUCAAUUAGUACAACGCGCAGAACGAAAACACGUUACCUUACGACUAAACCAACGGUCAAACCUGCUACAAAGCGUCCAAAACCCAGCACUGUUACCAGUGGCGUUAAACAAAAGAAACCCGUCGUGUAUGUGGAUCCUCCCGUGAUAAAGCGUAUCGGCGGUAUGCUGGAAUCGGUGUACACGUUUAUGGAGAACGCACUCACGAGCACCGAGUACGUGGAAGACUCCGCAGAGACACGUGCGGCGAAACAGCGUACCAACAUCCCAAACCAAACGACCCGAAACAUGGCGAACGGAUCGAAAAGUGCCAAAGUGAAGCGGAACACCUACACGAAAGCAUCUUUCGAAGAACUGGAAUACGUUGGCAGUACAUCCGGUGAGCUAGAUAGUGCGUCCCGUGCAACACUCGCGGAUACUGAACAAACAUGGCUGCCGGUGGCGAGUGAUGGUACGUCUAAGAUUACGAAACAGUUUACCCCCAAGCUGGUCACAAUUUCUGGGCUACCUUCGACGCUCAGUACCGAUGGGAAUAAGAACAAAAUGACUACCAACAUACAGGUGACGAGUGAGUAUACGGCGGCGACACCACCAACCGUUACGCACGGCAAACCUCGACCCGAUGAUAGUGCGGAUUACGAUGACAGCAGUGAGGAGGAAUCGGAAGAGGAUUACUUCGACGGUUUUGGAGGUUUCGGUGAAGUAGACGACGAGGACGAUGAUGAGGAGGAGGAUGAGGAUGACUCGAAUGAUGAGCAGUACGGUGAUGGUAGCAAUGGACCGGUCCGUCCUAACCGUCAGACAGCGCUCACUAAUGAUAAGGAUUACGAGGACGUCGGUACACACGUGGAACGUCCAGUGCGCAUUAAGCGUGUGAAGAGACGGCGCAGAAAAAAGCGCCCCGCAGUUAGUUACGAAAGUACCUCAGAGUACAGUGAUGAAGAUAGCUCCGACGAGGUGGAAGACGAAUACGACGACAGGAAUGAAUCGAACGGUGAGGAGGAGGAGGACGACGAUGACUACGAUUCUGGUGAGGCGCCAGAGGAUGCGGAAGGAUUCUUUAGCCGUAUGUUUUCCACGUUCGGACGGUUCGUGCGGUCGCUUGGGUUUGGGGCAGCGGCACGCGGCACACCUAACGACUAUGAUGACUACGAUGGUGGGAAUGCGCGCAGUACGACACCGCGCGUACAGAGUGUACGGAGACGUCCCACGCGCAGCACUUCGGGCGAUGCCUCACCGGUGACACCUAACCGUCAAACAAUGCUAGCGCCUGAGGGUAGUCCCAUCAAUUGGUUCGGUAUGCCGGGAGCUUAUCUUUUGAACGACAUCGAGGAGGAGGCUGCCGUGGAUCAGCUCGUUCCACCGGUGGAAUUUCCUGCGGUAACUGCACCGUCCACCUCCACCACCAAUGCCGGGUGGUUUGAACUGAUGAUGCCUUGGGAUUUUUUCAACCCGUGGACAUCGGUUGAAUCGUCCGGGGAUGUAGACGAACAGGAACUUCCCGCAACGGUACAACCUGUUACAGUAUUGCCCCAAAUAGAGCAGCAAGCCACACCGACAGCAUCCUCCCCAAUGUCAGGCUGGUUGUCACAGUUUUUCGUUGGGAGUACCACUAGGCCACCAACUUCAACUACUGCGUUACCCAAACCAGACCAACUGCUCUCAGCAUUAGCACAAUAUGUCGCACAAACUGCAUCAAUCAAACGUCCGACAGAGGCGGGAUUGGUGCACACAACCAAACAUCCAACACGACCGGUGUCCUACACAAACUACCAACUAUGGCGCAUUUUCAUACACACCGAGAAUCAUUUACAGCGGCUGGAAGAAUAUCGUCAGUCACCGGACGGAAUACGGCUUCAGUGGUGGAGCAGUCCAUCACUGGUGCGCCCGACAGACGUAUUGGUACCACCUACGGGAGUACAGGCCGAUUCCUUACGCGAGUUUCUGGAAGAGGAAGGACUGCGGUACGAAACCACCAUACGCGAUGUAGGACAGGCGAUUGCAUACGAAAACCCGCGCCUAACACGUCGCGAGCAGAUGGAGAUGGAACUACUGCACGGCCAUCCUCUCACCUGGUAUCGGUACCAUCGGUAUGGAGAUAUUGUGAAGUUUGUCCACUACCUGCAGCGACGAUAUCCUCAGCAUGUACAGCUGCUACAUAUAGGUCGCUCGUACGAAGGUCGACCCGUGACGGUGGUGCGCGUAUCAUACGCCACACAGCAACCUAAACGCUCGCGCAAACCGUCCAAGAAAAGACCGGCCGUGUUUGUGGAGGCUGGUGCACACGGUCACGAGUGGAUAGGACCUGCCGUUGCCACCUGGCUGCUGAACCGGCUGCUUGAGCUGCCUGACACGUUGCAUGGCAACAGUACACCGCCCACAGAGUCCGUUGACCUGAAGACGGUACAAUCCUACGAUUGGUAUGUAUUGCCGGUACUUAACCCGGAUGGGUAUGAGUACAGUCACAGGCGCGAUCGGUUGUGGUCUAAGAAUCGUUCAAACCAAACGCAACAUACACCGUCCGGAGUUGGACAGGCGAUCCUAUCAAGCGCGAUCAACUGGUGGAAUGCUCACAAACCUCAACUUACAGAGGACGCAUAUCCGGAGGAGACUUGCUACGGUGUUAACCUAAAUCGCAACUGGGCGUACCAUUGGCAGCAAGCAUCUGACCCGAUGUACCGGAAUCCGUGUAGUGACAGUUACGCUGGUACCGAACCAUUUUCCGAACCGGAAACACGUGCAUUGCGUGAUUUUCUUCUAACAAGACGUCGCAAUGUACGGCUGUACCUAUCACUGCAGGCGUACGGACAGGUGUUAACAUAUCCCGAUACGGAUAGCAUUACAACGCGCGACAAGGAACGAUACGGGCCGGAAGCUUUCGGUGACGUGCACGAAAUGGCAUCGGUCGGAUUGGAAGCGAUGCGUGGUGAGGUUGGUGAGUUUCUGUACAACCUCGAGCCGGAAGCUGGCCCGCUUACGUACGGCACUGCGACUGGUUAUGCGCGGCACGGUGCAGGUAUACGGUACAGCUACACCUUAAGGCUACCGGAUAAAGGGACGCACGGUUUGUUACUGCCUCCCUCGAGCAUCGUGCCGAUCGGCCGUGACGUGUUUGAGCUGCUAAAAGGUAUGAUUGAAUAUAGCUAAGAGUCCGGAUAAGAGAUAGUAACAACUUCCAGCAGGAGAGGCUUAUUUUAAUUGUUUCUAAAUAAAAGUAAAGAACCGUUUUUUUUACCACGUUUCAUCGCGAUCAAACACGCGUCGAUCGUUAGGUAGUUUGACGUAUAGAUGGCGCUCGCAACAAUGAGGAGAAAAUGAAACGCGCAACGCACAUUAAAACAAAACAAACUGUUACAUUUAAUGUAAGGGUAGAAUAAAGAAGAAGCGUGAGUUUUAAGUAGACACUAACUAUGGCCGCUGCUUUUGCUAGUUUAUAGGUGCAACUCUAUUACUUUCACCGCUUAUCGAAAGCAUGCAUCAGCAGAAAGAGAAUCCUUUAGUUCCCAUAGUAGCGUAAAGAAUGGAUGAUUUUAAUGAAAACAUUUAAGACUAAUUAAAACAUUUCCCUUACUUUUACAUGUUGUUACAUCCAUGCUGUCUUAAUAUAAUAUCACACACAGAAAUUUCGUAGAAAAAAAAUACCCCGUAAAACGAAAACACCUGACUCAUCCUCACGCUUUCCCUUCGUUCCGAGCUAAACGAUUGAUUUAGGUAUAUGGGUCUGACUUCCCGCUUUUAUCCUUUUUGCUACUGUCUGCCCCUACACUACCGUGUCGGUACAAUUUGGUGGAACAACACAACAACUUUUUGGGCAGUCGCGUGCCGUAGGUCCAUUCAAUUUGUGGCCAAAGGCAACUAAAAUACAAAAAAAAGACCGAAGCGAACACAACUUCUGAAGAGUUCAGGUCUGCCACAAGUCCCUGAGAAUGCCGGCUUGCGGUAUAUGGUCGGUACCUAAUGUAGACCUUUGCCGCUUCUAGCAUUCUGGAACUCCAUUAUAGUUAUUAAUACCAUUAGAAGUUAACUACCUGUGCGACCGCCCGCCCGUUCCUUCUUGCUCGCUGUUUUAUGUUUGUACUUCUGUUGUGUAGGUGGAAGGAGAAUGAGUGGUGGAGAAGUGGAGAAAUUUUAAGCUCCAAAUAUACCGCGUGGCGGUGUGUAUCACUCGGUAUGAUUGAUUGUAAGUUCAAAGUCAACCACAUGCGCUAGUGUAAGUUAGUAAACAACUAUGACAACUAAUAAUGCGGUAUAGCGUACAGUGUGUGGCGCUUCUUUUUUGUGGAAGUUAACACAGUCAUACCAAAAAUAGGAAUUCCAAAUAAUAUAGUCAUUUAGUAUCAAAUUGCAAUUACAUUUAUAUAUCAUCCUGUUUUAUUGACUUCUAUCGUUACAUCUACAAUAUUACAACACUACACUUCACUGUACCGCAUUAUAUCGUCAUGUCCGUUACCUCACCCCAGCGCUGUAACCAAUCAUCGACCCAUUUUCGCACUUCUGCAACAUUUCUAAACCGUAUUUCCCCCCGGUAAGGGGGUGUACCGCAUCGAUUCGAGCUGGUGGUAAUAGGGCACUACUUCCGGUGUAUGUGCUGAUGUGCGAAAGGAUUUACCCGCCAAGGUUGUAGCAGUGUUUCCUUCACCGUAGUACCCAACUGGUUGAAAAAUGUUUCCCAAUCUUUACGUUGGUUUUUACAUCAAGAUUUAAAUUGAAUGAGAGAGUGAGUGAGAGAGUGAGUGAGAGAAAACUUGGCGACAAUUCCCGACAUGGAAGCAUAACAAAUUGGAAACUAUUGCGAACUAUUU